AAAAUCACUGCCAUUCUGAGCUUGGCAGGACAGCGUCCUUCAUCCACCAAGAGAAGCAGAAACAGGCCCAGAGAGGGGGAGUGAUUUGCCCAGAGCCACACUGCCUGGCUCUCUUAAAGGGCCUGGGCUUGCCGCCUGCACUUCCAGGGCAGCCAACAGCCCACAGGAGUCAGGAGCUGGGAGGUGGGAGGGGCAUAUCAGUGCCAACGAGCUGUUUUGCUCAGUUUCCUGUCACUGUGCCCCAGCGGGAUGCUCCAGCACAUGUGGGUCUGCACAUUCCUCAGGCCGGACAGUGCUCGGCAGGCUGACAGCCACAGCUGUGCCAAGCCUGCUGGCCCCGGGCGUUGUUUUCAACCAGAGAGGCCCCUCUGGGGGUGGCUGAGCGGGAAGUGGGCUGGGAUGUCUUAUUUCUGGAACUCGUGUCUUGCUGGGGGUCCUGAGAAGAAGGCCUGAGGAUGUGUUGGUGGCACAGAGGGAAGUGGUGAGAAUCCAGGCUCAGGUUUCUGCCUCCAGGUACAGUCUGGCACCUGGAUCCCUGCAGGUGCACUUCAGGCCCCUGCAGGUGCCAUGACUCAGCAGCCCCAGGAGGACUUUGACAGGAGCAUGGAGGAUGCCCAGGCAUGGAUGAAGGCUGUGCAGGACCAGCUGCAGGUCAAUGACAACACGCAGGGACCCCGCGCGGCCCUGGAGGCCAGGCUGUGGGAGACCGAGAAAAUAUGCCAGCUGGAGCCUGAGGGGCGUGUGAAGGUGGACCUCGUGCUACGGAUGGCCGAAGCCCUCUUGGCAUGCUGCCCUGGGGACCAGAAGCCCGGGAUCCUGGCCCGGCUGAAGGACAUCAAGGCCCAAUGGGAGGAGACAGUCACCUACAUGACUCACUGUCACAGCCGCAUCGAGUGGGUGUGGCUGCACUGGAGCGAGUACCUGCUGGCCCGAGAUGAGUUCUACCGCUGGUUCCAGAAGAUGAUGGUCACGCUGGAGCCCCACAUCGAGCUCCAGCUGGGCCUGAAGGAGAAGCAGUGGCAGCUGAGCCACGCCCAGGUGCUGCUGCACAAUGUGGACAACCAGGCGGUGCUCCUGGACCGGCUGCUGGAGGAGGCAGCCUCCCUGUUCAACAGGAUCGGGGACCCCAGCGUGGACGAAGAUGCUCAGAAGAGAAUGAAGGCUGAGUACGAUGCAGUGAAGGCCAAGGCCCAGGAGCGGGUAGAUCUGCUGGAGCAGGUGGCCCGGGAGCAUGAGGAAUACCAGGCAGGCGUGGACGAGUUCCAACUGUGGCUGAAGGCGGUGGUGGAGAAGGUGAAUGGCUGCCUGGGGCGGAACUGCAAGCUGCCCAUCACGCAGCGCCUCUCCACACUGCAGGACAUUGCCAAAGAUUUUCCCAGGGGCGAGGAGUCUUUGGAGAGGCUGGAGGAGCAGUCUGUGGGUGUCAUUCGGAACACCUCUCCUUUGGGUGCAGAGAAGAUCACCGGAGAACUGGAAGAGAUGAGGAAAGUUCUGGAGAAGCUGCGCGCCCUCUGGGAGGAGGAGGAGGAGCGGCUGCGGGGCCUGCUUCAGUCCAGGGGAGCCUGUGAGCAGCAGAUUAAGCAGCUGGAGGCUGAGCUCAGUGAGUUCAGGAUGGUCCUGCAGAGGCUGGCCCAGGAGGGCCUGCAGCCUGCGGGGAAAGCGGGGACCGAGGACGAGCUGGUGGCACACUGGAGACGCUACUCGGCAACACGGGCGGCGCUGGCCUCGGAGGAGCCCCGGCUGGACUGGCUGCAAGCCCAGCUGAAGGAGCUCAUCGUCUUCCCUCACAACCUGAAGCCACUCUCUGAUAGUGUCAUCGCUGCCAUCCAGGAGUAUCAGAGCCUGAAGGUGAAGAGCGCCAGGCUGUGCAAUGCCGCGGGGGUGGAGCUGUGGCAGCAUUUCCAGCGGCCUCUGCAGGAUCUGCAGCUGUGGAAGGCCCUGGCCCAGCGGCUCUUGGAGGUCACUGCCAGCCUGCCGGACCUGCCUUCCCUUCACACCUUCCUGCCCCAGAUCGAGGCGGCCCUGAUGGAAAGCUCCCGCCUGAAAGAGCUGCUGACGAUGCUGCAGCUGAAGAAAGACCUCCUGAUUGGCAUCUUUGGCCAGGAGAGAGCCACGGCACUCCUGGAGCAGGUGGCAGGUUCCAUGAGGGACAGAGACCUGCUGCAUAACGGCCUCCUGCAGAGGAAAAGCAAACUGCAGAGCCUGCUCGCUCAGCACAAAGACUUUGGAGCGGCUUUUGAGCCCCUGCAGAGGAAGCUCUUGGACCUCCAAGUCAGGGUCCAAGCCGAGAAGGGGCUUCAGCGGGACCUUCCUGGAAAGCAGGCCCAGCUCUCAACGUUGCAGGGGCUGCAGGAAGAGGGGCUGGACUUGGGGGCACAGAUGGAGGCUGCAAGGCCUCUGGUCCAGGAGAACCCCAACCACCAGCACAAAAUGGACCAGCUUUCCUCCGACUUCCAGGCCCUGCAGAGGUCUCUGGAGGACCUUGUGGACAGGUGUCGGCAGAGUGUGCAGGAGCACUGCACCUUCAGCCACCAGCUGCUGGAGCUGCGGCAGUGGAUUGUUGUGACCACACAAAAGCUGGAGGCACACCGGGGAGAGGCAGGCCCGGGGGAUGCUGAGUCCCAAGAGGCCGAGUUUGAGAGGCUGGUGGCAGAAUUCCCGGAGAAGGAGACCCAGCUGUCCCUGGUGGAAGCGCAGGGCUGGCUGGUGAUGGAGAAGUCUUCUCCGGAGGGUGCUGCCGUGGUGCAGGAGGAGCUCAGGGAGCUGGCAGAGUCGUGGCGGGCCUUGAGGCUGCUGGAAGAAAGUCUGCUGAGCCUCAUCAGAAACUGGCAUCUGCAGAGGAUGGCAGUGGAUUCGGGGAAGAAAAUGGUUUUCACCAACAACAUCCCGAAGUCAGGAUUUCUCAUCAACCCCAUGGAUCCUAUUCCCAGGCAUCGUCGACGCGCAAAUCUUCUACAGGAAGAAGAAGGGAGCCAUGAAGAUUUCUCCCAGCUCCUGAGGAACUUUGGGCAGUGGUUGCAGGUGGAAAACUCCAAGCUGGUUAGAAUCAUCGCAAUGAGAACUUCUACAGCCGAGGACUUGAGGACCAGAAAAUCGAAGCUGCAGGAGCUGGAGGCUCGGGUGCCAGAAGGUCAGCAUCUCUUUGAGAACCUCCUUCGUCUCGGGCCAGCAAGGGGGACCUCAGAUGAGCUGGAAGAUCUGCGCUACCAGUGGAUGCUGUACAAGUCCAAGCUGAAGGACUCUGGCCACCUGCUGACACAAAGUUCUCCAGGGGAGCCGACUGGAUUCCAAAAGACUCGGCGGUGGCGAGGACUGGGCUCCCUCUUCCGGAGGGUGUGCUGUGUGGCGCUCCCACUGCAGUUGCUUCUGCUGCUGUUCCUCCUCCUGCUGUUCCUGCUCCCAGUCAGGGAAGAGGACCGCAGCUGCACCCUGGCCAACAACUUCGCCCGCUCCUUCACGCUCAUGCUGCGCUACAAUGGCCCACCACCCACCUAACCCACUGGGGCACACAGGUGACUUUCUCCUCCAACCUCCAUCAGUCCCAGGGCCCCUCCUGAGGAUGCUCGCCAGGGAAACUGGAAACAGGGGCAGGGCAAAGACUGUAGAGCUGCAUCCAUAUCAGUGCUGUGUCAGCGUUCCCAGAACACACUUACUUUUUAUACAGUGUUGUCUUAGUCUAUUUAUACUAAAUGUGUACUACAUGUGACUAGGGAAUAAUGUCUAGAAUUUUUAUAUGAUCUGUAUGUAAAUGCUCAGUAUGUAUAAUUUCAUAUACGAGGUCUAUUUGGAGUUGGGAAAAUUCCUAGCAAUGGCUCCCUCCAAUGGGAUUUUGUGGUAUUGUUGACUUGGUCUGCAGUCAACCCUAGAGAGCAAGAACAAUAACAUGUCACUUUCAUGGCAACCUCUUCUCCAAAGCGAAUCCCAGAAUUCAGAUGUAAUGAAAGGCCUCUGAGCUGCAACGUGGAAGAGCGCCAUAGACCCUCACUUGGUGCCCAGUGACUCUUGCUUUAUGCGUAAUGAGAACAAGUAUGCUUGUCUAGUUUUAACAACCACAAAGAAUAGCUGCCACGUGUCAGAAGUAGAAAUGGCAAUGACCAGAGGCAGGUUCAAUGAUAGCAGUGACAAGUGACAGAGUGAUAUCAAGGGAGAAAAAGAAGAGCUGCAGAGAGCAGAUCCCCGAACUAAGAAAGCACAGCUAUGUGGAGGCAUUGCAUGCCGGAGCCCUAACCCCAGCUCUCAGCGGCUUCUGAUCACACAGACCUAUGAGGACUGUCCCUGGUGAUGACACCGAGCCCCCAUGAAACGGCGAGAUCCUGCUCUGUGUGUUUCAUUCAGGGAGAAAGGGAAGAAGACAAGCUUUAUUUUUAAGAUUUCCAUGCAGACUGGUGAGGCACACUCGGUGAGCAGCACCCACUGGCAGUGCCCAGGAAAGAUGUGUUUCCUCUGUUGCUCCUGGACUGAGUUUUCAUCGUCGAGAGCUCGAGCUGCAGGUGAGAAGGGAAGCAUCUGCCACGCCAGGGGCCAGGGAUCGAGGGUCCAGGACAGAGGUGAGAGAAUCUGCUUUGGAGUUCAGACUGUCUCAAGGGCUCUCCUUCCCUUUCCCAGAAAAGACUCUGGAGACAGCAGGUCCAUGGGUCCAAGAAGGUCUCAUGUGCAUCCCCAUAUGGGACUAGGGCCCAGGCCACCCAAAACCAGGCCCUCUCCAGCCAGGUGUAGGCGAGCUGGGCUCCAUGCACCACCUGGGCUGGGGCCGCGGUGACUCCAUGUGAGUUCCCGAGGCCAGAAAUUCAUCCCUUCCUUGCCAGGGAACUCUGGGAUGGUUCCUAAGUGCUCUACAACUGGAUCAUGUUUUUCCUAAAUCAACACUAAAUUUUCCCCUUUAAAAAAGUACUUAAUGCCCACUCUCUACAAAUGGAUUUUGUCUGUUCAACUACAAAUAUGAGGGGAUUUCCUCGGACCUUCUGUCCGGCUUUGGAAUCAUAAGGUAUUAUAGACCCAGAAAGGCCCUUUAAGUAGAGGGGAAACUGAGGACCUAAGAGGGCCUGAUGCCCAGCACCACUGCUGUCUCACACACACUGACCCUUUGCCUUUCACUGUGAGCUCUGCCCUCGGGGACCCGGGUCUUAGGCAACUAGGACAUUUCACCGGCAGGAAACCCGUGCUGCCAAGGAGAGCCCUUGGGGCUGACUCAGAAAGCGUACUUUUUUUUUUUCUUUUAACUCGCCUGUAUUUGUUACAACUUUAAGCAGAAUGUGACUUGGGCACUAUAUUUCCAUCCACAAGCCUGGCUCUGAGUUAUUAUUAUUAUUGUUAUUAUAAUUAUUUUGAGAUGGAGUUUCGCUCUUUUUGCCCAGGCUGGAGUGCAGUGGUGCGAUCUCGGCUCACUGCAACCUCCGCCUCCCAGAUUCAAGCGAUUCUCCUGCUUCAGCCUCCCGAAUAGCUGGGAUUACAGGCAUCUGCCACCAUGCCCAGCUAAUUUUUGUAUUUUUAGUAGAGUUAGGGUUUUACCAUGUUGGCCAGGCUGGUCUCGAACUCCUGACCUCAGGUGAUCCGCCCACCUCAGCGUCCCAAAGCACUGGGAUUACAGGCAUGAGCCACCAUGCCUGGCCAUUUUUUUUUUUUUGAAUAGCUUUAUGAUAAGCUGUAGGCUUAUAAUUAUGCUCCUCCAAACAACACUUUUCUUUGGAAAACAAGCCCUGUGGACUCUCCAUCCUUCCAUCAAGUUCCUUCCCUCAAGCUGCUUCAGUUUAACUUAUUUCUACAAGACUAGCACAUGCAGAAUUGGCAACUACAGGGGAUGAAAAGUUCAAAAAGUAGAUCCUACAACCCUGUGACUUGGUUUCCAAAUGUCUAGAGAAAUUUGUGAUUUCAUGGAAGAAGAGAAAGCACACUUUUCUCCAGAUAUCUGGAAACCAAGCCAUAGGGCCGUUCUCUGCAGGCGACCACCUUACUGGAAAAUCAGGAGCUGAGUGAGCCCAGGCAGCCAAGCCCAGAUGUCCAGUCCUGGAAGUCAGAGCAGUGGCAGGGUGGGUGGGUGGGUGGAGGGGGGGCCUUGCCAGGUGUCCACUCUCCUAUGUCACAGGUGAGAAAGCUGAGGCCCAGAAUGGGGAAGAAACUGAUCCAUGGCCACACAGUGAGAGGCAGCAAGGCCAGAGCCCAACUGGCCACCAUGGCCCUCAGGUGGUACCCUGCUCAUUGUGGUAUGAUCCGCUCAUGUCAGCAACUACAUGAAAAAAACAGCCACUGGGCACGUGUGCAGCCUGUCACAUAUACCACAUGUUGGGGAAGGAGAAGCUGGAACAUGCGGGCGGGGGUGGGAAUAUCUACCUAUAUUUUUUAAAUUUUGAUAAUGAUGCCAUCAAGUCUGCUUGUUUGCAUAACUGUUUUUUUAAAAAAGAAUUGAUAUUUUCAGUAUUUUCAUAUAAAUAUACUUGUAAUAUGAUGUAACA